AUGGCUUUCGCACGGUCCGGCCUGUCUCUGUUCCGCCCAGUUGCAACUCCCACGCCCGCGGCCGUCACCCAGAUCCACCGCUUCUCACAGCGCGCCCGCCUCAGGCAGGAAGCUAAGAUCACCACUGCCUCCACCACGGCCCCCGUUGAUGCCAACGCCUCGGCCGUCGAGCAGGCUCGUCCGCCCGCCUUGCCUUAUUUUGUCCAGCGCUCUUCGUCGAACAAUCUCCCCGUCUACCUUGACCAGAAGCGCGGAGGCAAUCGCACAGAGACCAAAGUGCGCAAGGUCAGCGGGGAUUCACAAGCGCUUAAAAAAGAGCUCCAGACAUACUUGAAUAUCUCGGCCGAGGAUAUCUGGGUCACCCAUCCCAGCGGGCAUAUCGUUGCAAAGGGCCAACAUUACUCCAAAACUAUUGAGUUCCUCGAAUCCAAGAAAUUCUAA